AUGACCGACCGUAACUCAAAAGACGAAGCGGAUACUUUGUUUUACUUUUAUUACGACUUGGCCAAGAAAAUGGCUUUGAACGAGCCUAGUUUCGAAGUUCUAAAAAUAUCGUCUAGUUGGCUUUCGGCGUUAGAAAAAGUUGGGAAUAAAGAUAUUCGCAAUAGUUACAUAAAACUAUUAGUGUUGGCUUUGCAACAUCCAGAACCGAUGUGCCCUUUCAAGGAUCUACCGCCCGAGACAAUCGAUCCGUUGGAAGACGAGGUUUUUGAAAUGGCGAGGAAAUUCAUGAAAAAAGAAGGUACGGCCACGUGUUCCAACGACUAUAAAGACAGCGCCAACCCUACAAUCGAAACAGCCGUGUCACAUGAUACGUGCACGUAUGCCGCAUCGCAAGUCAUACCCAAUGUGGGAACUCAAUGUUACUUUGCGACAUCGAAUGAGAGCAUUCACGAGUGGUCGAUACCGCCUCAGUUGUCCAUUCCUAAGGAACACAUGCAUGCGAGGUCGUUGGAUUGGGAGAGAACAGCAGCGGGAAUUCAAUUAGAAGCUGUAAUCGCCAUGCCCGCGGAACCCAUGCCAGAAGCUACUACUAACGAUGAUCAGCUAUCCGAAACCGUAAAACCGGAAUUAUCGCCUUGUCGAGUAAUGGACGUUGAACAACAAAACAGGAAUGUCACGGAAAAUUUCACUUGGGCCAAUUCUAGCUUCUUGACAGGCGAAAUAAUACUUGGCGCAGAAAUGUGUUCAGACCGAAAUAUCGAGGCUCAAAUCAAGACACAGUCCGAGUUGGACGAUGAUGUAAUGACUGCACACGAUAAACUCUAUCCCGGCGAUUUUAAAGUACAGCUUGACUCGUCGUUCGUUAGUGAACUGAACAAAGCGAAACACACAGUGACAGAAGCGGGAGAUAUAAACAAUACAAACGAAGGAGACCAUCAAGUUGAAACACAUAUUCCCCUGGGUCCACGUAAGAGUAUUAGUUGCUGCGAGGUAAGCGAGGGAAGAACGUGUUUUAACGAUUCGUCGUCCGAUGAUUUUCCAGCUAUGAAAGGUUCAAAAGAUAUAAUCGACAAUUACAAGCGUCAAUUAGAAAAAACCAUAUCGUAUCAACAGGCGUCGCUGGAAUUCAAACGCUCAGCGAGUGCAGCAGAAGAAUGCUUGGACGGAGUGAAAUCCCUAUUGAGAAUACCGGCGAGAACAAGCAAAAAUGAUGCCGACUUUCGCGAAGAGAGUUUAAAAUUUAACUUUGAAACGGACUGGAUUGUUUAA